AAAAGCAAAACACAAAGCCAAGAGAUGGAUUUCCACUUCCAUCUAUUGCCACAACUUUCCACAUUUUCUAUUCUUCUGAUAUGCUUUUUUGUGACCAUAGAGUCAGUAAUUCCAAGCAUUUCCACAGACAAAGAGGCCUUGAUCUCAUUCAAAUCAACGGCCAAUCUCCCUCCAUAUUUCUGGGACCAAAGCUCAUCCCCCUGCACCAACUGGACUGGAGUUGUAUGCAACAAACAUGGCAAGAGAGUCAUUGCUCUUGACCUCUCAGGCUUGGGACUCACAGGCUCCAUAAGCCCUCACAUUGGUAACCUCUCCUUCCUCCAUUCCCUCCAACUCCAUAACAACAAAUUAACCGGAACAAUUCCCACUCAAAUUUUCAACCUGUUUCGCUUGAGGUCACUCAACGUAAGCUCCAACACCCUACGAGGUUCACUUCCACCAAACAUAACCCAAUUGAUGGCACUCGAAAUACUUGACUUGUCCUCAAACAACAUCACAGGAAUCCUCCCGCAAAACCUUGGACAGUUGAAAAAUCUCCAAGUCCUGAAUUUGGCACGAAACAAUUUUUUCGGUCCGAUCCCACCAUCGAUUAGCAACCUUUCAUCCACCCUCACAAAUUUGAAUCUAGGUACAAACAGACUCAGUGGUACUAUACCUAGUGAAUUAGGUCACCUCCAUAAGCUCAAAGAACUCGACCUCGCCGUUAACCAACUCACCGGGACCAUUGCCUCAUCCAUAUACAACAUUUCCUCUCUAGUUUUGUUCACUGUGGCUUCAAACCAUCUGUGGGGUCAGAUUCCUAGCAAUAUUGGUGACACACUUCCAAAUCUUUUGUACUUCAGGAAUUGUAUCAAUCAAUUCACAGGAAAAAUUCCUCCUUCUCUACACAACAUCUCUGGACUUCGAUCAAUUCGCAUGUCUAACAACUUUCUUGAAGGAACAGUUCCACCAGGCCUCGGAAAUCUUCCCUUCCUGGAAAUGUACAACAUUGGCUUCAAUCGGAUAGUUAGCUACGGUGACAAUGGUCUUAAUUUCAUUACUACUUUGACAAACAGCAGUCGCUUAAGUUGGCUUGCCAUUGAUGAAAAUCGGCUGGAAGGCCUAAUUCCAGAGUCCAUUGGCAACCUCUCCAAGGUUCUGUCAAAAUUGUACAUGGGAGGGAAUCGAAUUUACGGUAACAUACCUGCCUCAAUUAGUCAACUCAGUAGUUUAACUUUGCUAAAUGUGAGCUACAAUUCAAUUUCUGGUGAAAUCCCAUCAGAAAUUGGGCAGCUGAAAGAGUUGCAAAUGCUUGGUUUAGCAAGAAAUAAAUUGUCUGGCACAAUUCCAAACUCCUUAGGUAAUAUCAUGAAAUUGAACCAUAUUGAUUUAUCUGGAAACUAUUUUGUUGGCCAUAUACCCCCUUCAUUUUCAAACUUCCAGAAAUUGCUUUCCAUAGACUUAUCUAACAAUUCGCUCAACGGAAGCAUUUCCGGAGAAAUAUUUCUAAACCUUCCUAGUUUGAGCACUAUUCUCAAUCUGUCUAACAAUUUCCUGAGUGGAGCUUUGCCUGAAGAAUUAGGAUCUCUAGCAAGUGUUGCCACUAUUGACCUCUCUAGCAACCAGUUUUCGGGGUUGAUUCCCAGCUCAAUUGGAAAGUGUACAAGCUUGGAAGGAUUGUUCAUGGCCAGAAACAAACUUUCAGGCCCCCUUCCAAAUGCUCUUGGAGAAAUGAGAGGUCUUGAGAUUUUAGACCUCUCCUCGAACCAACUAUCAGGCUUUAUUCCUGAUAAACUUCAAGACCUACGUGUCCUUCGAUACUUGAACCUCUCAUUUAAUAACUUAGAAGGAGUGAUUCCAAAUGGUGGAGUUUUUAAAAAUAUCUCUAGUGUCCAUCUUGAAGGCAACCCUAAGCUAUGCAUGCAUUUCCCAUGUGUGAAACGUAGGAGAAAGGUACUUGUUCGAGUUCUUAUCACUACUGUUGCCUUGGCAACGUUGGCAACAUGUAUUACAGUUGGUCUUUUGCUACGUUUUAGAAAAAGAAGAGGCUCAGGCGGCAAAGCAACAGAAACUAAUUCUGGUUUGCUACUAAAAGGGCAACAUCAAAUGGUCAGUUACGAAGAGCUACGUGGGGCAACUGGGAAUUUCAACCCCGAAAAUUUGAUUGGAACAGGGAGCUUUGGGGCUGUAUACAAAGGUCUUUUGAGAGAAGGAACUGAGGUUGCAGUGAAGGUGCUUGAUAUGAAAAUGACAGCAUCUUGGAAGAGUUUUAUGGCAGAGUGCGAAGCAUUGAGGAGCGUGAGGCACCGGAAUCUUGUUAAACUGAUCACCUCUUGCUCCAGCUUGGACUUUAAAAACAUGGAGUUUCUUGCUUUGGUUUACGAGUUUUUGAGUAAUGGGAGCUUGGAAGAUUGGAUUAGAGGCAAGAGAAAAAAUGCAGAUGGAGAUGGGUUGAACAUUUUUGAGAGACUAAAUGUGGCCAUUGAUGUGGCGUGUGGAUUGGAUUAUCUGCAUCAUGACUGCGAAGUUCCGGUUGUGCACUGCGAUUUAAAGCCGAGCAACAUUCUUUUGGAUGGAGAUAUGAAUGCAAAGAUCGGAGAUUUCGGGCUGGCGAAGCUGCUGAUGGAGAGUACAGUGAUUGCGCAACAGUCACUUAGCUCCACACAUGUCCUGAAGGGUUCUAUAGGAUACAUACCCCCUGAGUAUGGUAUCCACCAGAAACCCUCGACAGCGGGUGAUGCAUACAGUUUCGGUGUAGUGUUGUUACAGCUCUUCACCGGGAAAAGCCCCACCCAUGAAAGUUUCACAGGAGAUCAAAGCAUCAUCACAUGGGUGCAGUCAGCCUUCCCUCACGACGUGAUCAAAGUGCUAGAUUCCGAGCUGCUAGACGAUCUCAUCAUCACAGAAGUAGAACAUAAUUGCCUCAUCUCAAUCAUUGAGGUUGGCCUCUCUUGCACGUGUGCUUCUCGCGACGGACGCAUAAGCUUGAGGGACGCCCUUCACAAAUUGGAAACUGCCAGAAAGACCCUUCUCAGCGCAAAGAGUGCCAAGCAUCAAUAUUAACAACAAUUGCAAGUUUAUGUACUGAUUAUGUUGGAAAAUAAUAGUAUUUGGGUUAUUAUUCGGGUUUUCUUUUAAGAUUAGUUUUGGGUCUAGCCUAUUAGUAUUAGGGUUAUGUUAUAAAUAUAAUGUCAUGUAACUAUAGAAAAUAAGUUAGUCACAAUGUGGUCGUAUCGGUGAUUUGUAGUCAUCUCUCUCGUUUCAAUUAAUAAAGUUAUAUUAUGUCUGUUUGUUAUGUA